AUGCAAUUACAAACUACUCUCUUCAUUAUUCUUUUUGACUUGGUAGCGAUAUCAGAUAGCGUUUACACUGCCUUAUUACCUUAUUUUUCGCCAGUGGCAAAAGACAAAGGAUUUACUGAGACUGAAAUUGGUAUCAUGCUUGCAUUUUAUCCUAUUGGAAGUGUGAUUGCUACACCGUUUGUUUCUAUGUGUAGUUCUAAGAGGAAAGCAAUAUUAAUUGGCUUGAUACAGAGUUCUAUAGCCACAAUAGGAAUGGGGGUGUCUAAAUUUUCAGAGGGUGGCCUAUUUUUUGCGUUAUCAUGCAUUUUUCGAGUGAUCAUAGGAUCUGGAGCAUCAUUUUUGCUGAUCCCCUCAUAUGCAGCAUUGCCUAUAUUAUUUAAAGAAGAUGUAACAUAAAAGAUUGCAGGAUUAGAGAUGGGUCAUUGUGUCGGUAGAAUAACAAGUACAGGGUUAUUCACAAUGAUUGCCUAGCUAAUUUCAUUCGAUACUUAUUAGCUUCCUUGUUAUGGAUUGGCAUUAAUCUAUGUGGUCAGUUUCUUGGUCACAUACAAAUAUUUUUAUCUACCUGAAGUACCUGAAGGAAUUUCUCCAAAGAAGAAACAGAAGGAAGCACCCAAACCUUAAAUCAAUCAAAAUCAUCCCAUCACCAUUACCAAGUCCUAAACAAUUACUCCGAUCGAAGUUAUUGUUUAAAACGAUAAUUCUUUGAUUCAAUAGAAUGAAGAUUUAAAUUAAUCAUAGCAAUAACUCAAACCGAAUGAAUUACUAAAUUAGUCAGUCUAAAAUGCAGAGGUUAUUGAAGGAUAGCUCUAAAGACAUGAUACAACUAUGCAAACUUUAGAAGUUCCACAAGUCAAUGGAAUGAGAAAGAGCAGUUCAAGUGGAGGAGAGGACAGAUCAUGUGAAGAGGAUACCCUUCAUGACAAGAAGGCGAUUAACAAAUGGUAAACUUAGAUACGAUCGAUUAUCCAAUAAAGAAGGGAAGGCAAACCAAUUUCUAUUCCAGAUUCUCCUAAGAUGAAUAAUAGUUAAAAGAUGAAUCAUGUUAGCCUCUUUGAAAGUGGUAACAAGAUGUAGAAUAGCACUCAGUUGGAGGUUCUUCAAGAAUAGGAAGAAAUUACAGAGGAUGAUGGUAAAUUAGAAGUCAAAGAUUAUGUCGAUAUUUUUAAAAACAAGUCAUUGCAAGUGACUUUCAUCUUUUUCUUUUGGCUUUCUGCUCUAGAAAAUGGAUUAAGACCCUUUUUGGCUAACGAAUUAGGAGAUUAUUAUGGUCUUUCAGAGUAUAACAUCUCUUAUCUCUUCAUGAUUCCUAUUUUCACAUACUUGUUAUCUGCAAUCUUGGUGGCUCGUUAAACUUAUUUUUAAGAAUAAACUCUCUUUAAAUUCGGAAUGUGGAUUUUGGCAGUAAGUUUCUUCUUCUAUUGUCCAACAGUGUUUAAGUUACCACAUUCAAUUGCCUUUAUUCUUGUUGGAGAGUUCAUGAGAGGUAUAAGUUUGGGCAUUGGCUGUGCACUCUUUAUACCAAAUAUCAGUGACUCCUGUGUGGACAAGGUUGGAGUAUGUAAAGCAAAUUUGAUUGGAGCAAAUCUUUACUAAUUUGGUUGGUCUUUAGGCGACAUAUUUGGUCCAAUUAUUUGUGGAGCAUUCGUUGAAAAAAUUGGAUAUGAACUGACCACCUUAUUCUCUGGAUUUGUUAUCAUUGUCUUUACAAUAAUCUAUUUAAUUUUUAGAAAAAAUAAAAGUCGUAUCUAAGUAAUUACUGUUGAAAACAUUAAUAACAAAGUGCCAUAAAAUAACAAUGCUUGA